AUGGGUCCGGGAUCGAUCAUAGCUCUGUCCCUCGAAUGCUCAGCUGGCAUUUCUUGCUUGACCAAGAGCAAAGGCAACACCUUUGUCUGUUUUGAACUGCUCAAGCCUAUUCAAUUUAAGAUGCUAGAGCCUGAAUAUAUUCCACGCACGACGAAUACUUCGGAUGGUGCAGUUCUGGGUCUUGCCAGUGAAUGGAUACAGACAUGUUGCACUUUCCAUGAGAUUUGUCGCAAACGGGGGCCUUGCGAAUCCAACUUGCCCGCGCGCCUCAUAGAUAUUAGACACGGCAACUCCGAUACGUGGAAAUUAGUGAUAACCCGCGGUACAUCUAUGACACCGGUAGAGUACAUUGCGCUGAGCUACUGCUGGGGAGCUUCAACCCAGUUACGUCUGACAGCCAGCACCCAGGACAGCUUCACCAAGGGAAUGCCCGUCUCGGCUUUGACAAAAACUCAUCGAGAUCUUGUCACGGUGGCCAGGAGUCUCGGCAUUCGCUGGCUAUGGAUCGACGCAUUGUGCAUCCUACAAGAUUCCAAGAGCGACUGGACGCUGCAAUCGCUGGAAAUGGCCGAGAUCUACUCCAACUGCAAGUUGGCCGUUGCGGCUGCCGCGUCUUCAGACUCGCAGGGCGGACUGUUCCGCCAACGGCAAACGAAUGGCAUCUCCCCGCUGAUCCUGCGGCAGCCUAAUAGAGCAUACCUGAUGCAUGGCAGCAACUACUGGGGGGAGCACCUCGAAGACUGCUCCCCGCUCUUCAAGAGAGGUUGGGCGUUGCAAGAGCGCUUGCUGCCGAAACGUGUUCUUUACUUCUCGCACCACCAAAUCUUCUUUGAAUGCCGCUUCAACCGUGCUUGUGAAGGAUUCCCCUGCGGCGGAGUCGGUCUCUCAAACAGAUUAGAGAAUCUCAGCUUCUUUAACAGCGGGAUGGCGAGAGGCCGGGGCAUCUCAAGUCAACAUGAGCAAAGUUCAACAAGACAAGUGCGUAUAUGGAGCAGUAUGGUGAACAAGUAUCAGUCUUGCGACUUUACUUUCCCAUCGGACAAGCUUAUCGCGCUGUCUGGUGCCGUCAAGACGAUCGAGCUUCAAACGGGGGAUACAUUCCACGCUGGCCUGUGGAAAUCACGAAUUCUCUUCUAUCUUGGAUGGAAUAGUCGCGAUAGAGGGCGGUGCCGCUUACCUGAGGUCCAAACGCCCUCUUGGUCGUGGAUGUCCAUGCGCGGGACCAUCGCUUGGGAGACGGAAAUGAAGAUGAUGCUGAACAUAGAUCUAGAGAGCGCCAAAGUACCGCUCCGAGAGACUAUGCCGCUGGCUCAAGUCGUAGAUAUUUCGACGGAGAGACGGACCAACGAGGCUCAGGAUCAGCUCCGUAUUGACGGAAGUAUCCUCUUAAAAGGGUCACUUGUCAAGGCGAGACUUUUAUGCACUACCUCCGAAGCAGAAAACGGCGGAGCAGUAUUGGUGGUCACAAAGUACGGAAGGUACAUGCUCAGCGAGACACAGGAACCCAUUUACCUUUUGGAGAUGGACAUGAACCCAUGCUUGGCGGAGGCGUUCCCAGACAUCGACGCCAGUGCAAUGCCACAAGGCUCGCACUCGGCUAAUGUGGAAUUCCGCGGCUUCGAUGAAGGACAUGAGUACAACCUUUUUGGGCACAAAUUGAGCUCGAAAGAGGGAGAAACUACGUUCUUUAGGGUCAUACCAAUGGCGACAGGGGAUAUCUUUGUAUUGCCGCUCUAUGCUGGUCUUACAAAAGAAGGCUCCAUCAUGUCUGUAGUAGGGCUUAUUGUCAGUGAGAAUGCACGACUAGGUAAAAGUCGGUGCAUGGAAAGAGUCGGCAUGUUUCGGCUAGCUGCACGAGUUGGGAUAACCAAAGAAGACAUGACCAUCAGUCUAGGAGCUGACAAGCGAACAUAUCGGCUAGGAGGGACUCCAGAGCCCGUCGAUAUCACAUUGUUCUAA